AAUAAAUCUUUUGGAAAAAAUCAUGUCCAUCAAAUGUUUAAUGUACCAUAUUGAAAUAUAUGAUCCCUUCUGCUUUUAAAAGAAAGAAUUGAAGGAUGUUAUAUGAUGCUUGCAGGUUAGUUGAAGAAAAUAAAAAUAACUCAAGGUCAAGAAUUUCAUGUCCUGGAUCAAAAGCUUCGAGAAUACAGGUAUCACCUUUACCUCCUCCACUAGUAUGGGAUGCUGGUACGGAGUCCCAAUCGGAAAAGCACGAAAACCGAAAACAUCCCCGUCAUCCUUUGCCUCUUCCCCCAGGUUCUCCUGUGAAAUCUUCUCAGAAUCUUCAGUCAAGUUGGAAGAAGGGAAAGCUUCUAGGAAGAGGGACAUUUGGCCAUGUUUAUGCUGCAUUCAAUAAUGAUAAUGGACAAAUAUGUGCAGUGAAAGAAGUACGGGUUAUUUCUGAUGAUCAGAGCUCAACUGAAUGUCUCAAGCAACUGAAUCAGGAGAUUGCAUUAAUUAGUGAACUGUCACAUCCGAACAUUGUUCAAUAUUAUGGAAGCAAAAUGGAAGAAGAUAAACUCUCAGUCUAUUUGGAGUAUGUUUCUGGAGGUUCAAUCCAAAAAUUGCUUAACGAAUACGGUCCAUUUUCGGAACCUGUAAUUCGAAGUUACACGAAGCAGAUUCUUUGCGGGCUAGCUUACUUACACAGACGGAAUACAGUGCACAGGGACAUUAAAGGCGCAAACAUACUAGUAGAUCCUAAUGGUGAUAUUAAGCUUGUUGAUUUUGGCAUGGCCAAACAUAUAAAAUCAGUUUCUUCGAUGCUUUCUUUUAAAGGAAGUCCUUACUGGAUGGCACCUGAGGUUAUAACGAACACUAGUAGCUGUAGUCUUGCUGUUGACAUAUGGAGCUUAGGCUGCACAAUUCUUGAAAUGGCCACUUCAAAACCCCCAUGGAGCAAGUACGAGGGGGUGGCUGCAAUAUUUAAGAUUGCCAACGGCGUGGAUUAUCCUGAAAUCCCCAGUCACCUGUCCGAGGAUGCAGAGAGUUUUGUAAAGCUUUGCCUGCAGAGGGAUCCAUGUACACGCCCCACUACUGCACAACUGCUAAAUCAUCCUUUCAUCCAAAAUCAAGACAUGAGAGAAGUUGCCAGUGUUUGUUCUGUUGAUGAAGCCUGCUCUCCAUGCCGUAGACAUUCCAUGGCAGCUCCAUGUUUUGGCUCCCAGCAAUUAAUUUCUCCCAUGCAAGGUAGAAAUCACAGGAUAAAGCAUGUCCUUGAACCCUCAAGAACAUUGAAGAUCUCAAUGGGAUGAAGUAUUGAUCAUAGCACAAAGCCCAAUUUACCUUGCGGCAGGUACCUUCCAUCUCCCGGUUCCAUCAUAACUGUGAAGCGCAGAAAAAGACCUCAAAGUAUAAAUCUAGCGCGUGAAGCUCGGCAGUGAGCUUGAAUGCAAAAACCUGCUUGCUCUAUAUAUAUCUGAGUUGGGGUGCAUAUGCAUCACUGGUUUAGUAACUCAUGGCGCAUAGUUGCCUACCUGCCUUGAAGGUGGGUAAGAAUUCAUCACACAGGAUAGAAAGACUUUUGGGAUGAAUUCUGUUUCAUUCCACCACAUGGCCUUCUUUAGGUCCAUCGCAACAGAAAUACAAGAAAUUCCAAUGUUGAUGGGAUGUUAUGGA